AUGGCUCGUACUAAGCAGACCGCCCGCGAAUCCACCAGUGGUAAAGCGCCCAGGAAACAACUGGCUACAAAAGCCACUCGCAAGAGCGCGCCCUCUACCGGAGGGGUGAAGAAACCUCAUCGUUACAGGCCUGGUACUGUGGCACUCCGUGAAAUUAGACGCUAUCAGAAGUCCACUGAACUUCUGAUUCUCAAACUCCCCUUCCAACGUCUGGUGGGAGAAAUUGCUCAGGAGUUCAAAACAGAUCUGCGCUUCCAGAGUGCAGCUAUUGGUGCUUUGCAGGAGGCAAGUGAGGCCUAUCUGGUUGGCCUUUUUGAAGAUACCAACCUGUGUGCUAUCCAUGCCAAACGUGUGACAAUUAUGCCAAAAGACAUCCAGCUAGCACGCCGCGUACGUGGAGAGCGUGCUUAAGAACCACCAGGGUGGGAAACAUUUCAUUCUUUAAACAAUUGUUUUUUCUCUUCUUCCUGUUACUGGUAGUUCUGAAUGUUAGAUCUUUUUUUCCCAUGGGGUCAAAAGGUACCUAAGUAUAUGAUUGCAAGUGGAAAAAUAGGGGACAGAAAUCAGAUAUUGGCAGUUUUUCCAUUUUCAUUUGUGUGUGGAUUUUUAAUAUAAA